AUGUCCUUCCUGGGUGCCGGCUUCGAAACCUCGUCCUCGACGCUUUCCUUCUGUCUGUACGAGCUGGCGCGUAACGUCGAGCUACAGGAAGAAGUACGCCAGCACGUACGGCAGGUGCUGAGAAAGCACGGCGGUCGGCCCACGUACGAGGCCCUCAACGAGAUGACGGACCUCACCAACGUCGUCAACGAGACAUUGAGGAUGUACCCACCUGUCAGCUUCCUCGACCGCGAGGCGGCCCGCGACUACAAGAUCCCGGGCGCGGACAUCGUUCUCCCGAAGGGCACUGGCGUCGUUAUCUCAGUGCUUGGACUGCAUAACGACCCACGGUACUGGAAGGAGCCCCAGAGGUUCAUGCCGGCUCGCUUCAGAGAAGAAAACUCCAAGGACAGGCCGAGCUACACCUUCCUACCGUUUGGCGAGGGACCCAGGCUCUGCCUAGGUAUGAGGGUCGCGUACCUGCAGGUGAAGCUAGCCCUCGUCCACAUCCUCAACAACUUCGAGGUGCUGCCAACACCGGAGACGCCCAGCAGUCUGCGGUACGAACCUUCCAAGUUAAUUGGAACUCCAGCUGGAAAAGUGGCUCUGCGUUUCAGAAAAAUUCCUGUGUGCUGA